AUGGUGGAUAGUACCAAUGACAGCUCCCAAAGCCAUUUCAUCCUUUUGGGGUUUUCUGACCAUCCCCAUCUGGAGAGAAUUUUCUUUGUGGUCAUCUUGAUUGCCUAUCUCCUGACACUUGUGGGCAAUACCACCAUUAUCCUGGUGUCCCGCCUGGAUCCUCACCUCCACACCCCUAUGUACUUCUUUCUCACCCAGCUCUCCUUCCUGGACCUCAGUUUCACCACCAGCUCCAUCCCCCAGUUUCUCUACAACCUUAAUGGACACGACAAGACUAUCAGCUACACUGGUUGUGCCAUCCAGCUCUUUCUGUUCCUGGGUCUGGGUGGUGUUGAGUGCCUGCUUUUGGCUGUGAUGGCCUAUGAUCGGUUUGUUGCAGUCUGCAAGCCCCUACACUACAUAGUAAUCAUGAAUCCACGGUUCUGCCUGGGCUUGGUGUUGGUGGCCUGGGGCUGUGGGGUGGCCAAUUCUUUGGUCAUGUCUCCAGUGACUCUACAAUUACCACGUUGUGGACACCACAGUGUGGACCACUUCCUGUGUGAGAUGCCUGCCCUCAUCCGGAUGGCCUGCAUCAACACUGUGGCCAUCGAAGACACUGUUUUUGUUCUGGCAGUAGGCAUUGUCCUGUCACCUUUGGUUUUUAUCCUGGUCUCCUACAGCUACAUUGUGAGGGCUGUGCUACAAAUUCAGUCAACAUCUGGAAGACAAAAGGUCUUUAACACUUGUGGCUCCCAUCUCACUGUGGUCUCACUUUUCUAUGGAAAUAUCAUCUACAUGUAUAUGCAACCAGGAAACAGUUCCUCCCAGGACCAGGGCAAGUUCCUUACUCUCUUCUACAAUAUUGUCACUCCACUCCUGAACCCCGUGAUCUACACCCUCAGAAACAAAGAAGUGAAGGGGGCACUGAAAAGGCUGCUGUUGUGUAACAGAGAGAUAGCAAAGAACUAA